GCAGACAUCUGUCCAUGUGGAUGGGAUUACUUCAAUGGAUACUGCUAUUUAACAAGCUCUGUAUGCGCACCUUGGGUGACCGCUGUGUCCAACUGUUCAACUAUGAACUCACAUCUGGUAACAGUGCACAACCAAGAAGAAAAUGUCUACAUUCAGCACCGUCAUAAUGGAGAGCGAUCAUGGAUUGGACUUAAUGACAGAAGCGUUGAGGGAUCACUUGUCUGGACAAACAAGGAAAUAACCAGUUUUCAGUUCUGGGCUCCGCAACAACCAAACAACUGGAAAAACCAAGACUGUGUUCACACUCCGGGUGCCAACGAUGGCUACACUUGGAACGAUGUGUCCUGCGAUAACUGUUAUAACUAUACUUGUGUUCAAGGUAAAAGCGGUCAUCAGGUCCAUUUACAAAAUGUAACUUACAUUAAACGGUUCUGCUUUCUCCUUGAAGUUGUCACCUGAAUUAAACUGAGGUAGCGGGUUGUUAUUCACUGCAACUCUGAUACGUUUUAGUAGGAAAGGUGGUAAUGUCACCAAAACAAUAGUAACAAAAAAAAACCAUUAAGCGCGCAUUACUGUACUGCCUCUUUUCAGCUUCUUUUCAUUUCAUGUUUCCAACUCGAGACUCUAAUACCCAUUCACUGGAGAAGUAGAUUUUUAAAAGGAAGAAUGGUAGGCCGGUUUUUUAGAUAGUCUUUGAGGUGUCCAGUUGUGGGGUGAAAACACUAGGUCGAAUGUUUGAUAUAGCUUGUCAAAUGUUUCUUGAAGAAAUGUAGGACGUAGUUAGUAGAACGGACAGGUUAUGAAAUCCGGCAAACUUCGAAGAUAAAAACAACGCUACUGCAGUUUAUGCUUGGAGCUCCCGGAUGGUGCACAAUCUUUUCUUUUUUUGUUGUUCACAAAAUAACUGUAACUGAAUAUAUUAAUUAAUGUCAGGUUUUGGUGAGAAAAACCAACGGAAGUUGAUUGACCACUCCAACAUUACUGUAGAACGGCAUCUCAAUCAUAAUGGCCUUCAUUUAAAUAAAAUUAGGAACAUCUCAACUUGCUCGUAAUUUUUAAAAACUUAUUUAGCUUGAGGAUUAGGAUACUGCCGUUUGGGAGCCUGAAAGACAAGUGCUGAAGGGUAAUAAGUGUCAUGUUACGACACGGGGUAAGUCUUAUAAUAUCGAUAACAACUCCUUCGGCCGAGGCUUGGUGAUGGCGUCUCUUAACAUAAAUAGCUUGUUAGCGCAUAUUGACCAGCUUCGAGAAGUUAUGUCUAGCUCUGAAAUUGAUGUACUCUCCAUCAAUGAAACGAAAUUACACUUGCCCGAUUUUGAAAUAAUAAGGAAAGAAAAAGGUGAACGGGUGCAAUGGAGGUGGUGUUUGUAAGUGUGUGCUGUGUAACCUAAACUAUAAAAUUCGCGAAGACUUGAGCGCUGAAAAUCUUGAAUGUUUAGUUCUAGAAUUUGUUUUUAGACUUAUCUUAAUUUCUAUUUAUUUCCUUCAAGAGUAUUCAUGAGUUCAAGUUGAGAAUAUAGUAAUCUCCGUAAAUAUUCAUAUAGAACGUUAUAACUGACUAUAAAACAAGGUGACUGAAUGAAGCGUCAUUUCUUCCAGAAAUUGACGAAUGCACAUCUAACUAUCACAGAUGUGAUGUGAAUGCUGCUUGCCAGAUUUCUUGUGGGCUAAUACAAAUGUACUUGCAAAGCUGGAUACUCUGGAAAUGGCCGCAAAUGCGUUGGUGAGUACUGAAGUUUCCUUUAAACAUCUUCUGACUUAAUUAACUGUGUCGAGUUUAUAUAAUAGACUAAAUAAAGAUGUUGUUUGUUAAUAAAAAAAAGUAGUUUCGGUGUCUUUAGUAUCUUUUUAAGUACAUCAUACCGUAUUUACAGUGCUGUAAUUACGUUUUCAUUUACCUUUUGUAGUCGUUGAUUUCUUACAAGAUCCCAGUCCAAGGUGGCAAAAAUAAGCCAUCAACCUUUCGUGGGUAUUUAAUGGAUUUUGAGCAGCUCUAUUUCAGUAGAAGAAUACUUGCACUAAUGUGUGGAACAACGUUUUACACGGAUUUUCAUUCCUUCAAUAAAAACGUUUACUUCAAUUAUUUGUUUUGAUUUUAAGAAUUUUAUCAGUAAUAACAUUAUAGGUUGAUAUGAUUAAAAAAAACUAUUUCAGAGGCAACACUUGAAAAGCCCUAAGGGGGUCUAAAUAAAGGAAAUUCGGAAGGGAAUAGAAUAUCAGGGAAGGUAUUGCUUUGUUGUUUUUGGAGCAUUACAGCGUGUCGGCGUCAUAAUUUUGUCUUUGUUUUCAGAUAUAGAUGAGUGCACAAGCAAGACCCAUAACUGUGACAGAAAUGCGUUAUGUAAGAACACUGAGGGGCCCUUUACAUGCACCUGCAAUCGCGGUUACAAGGGAGAUGGGAAGAACUGUAAAGGUAUCUUUCUAGCGCUCUUAUAGGCCCGGUUUAGAAGCCGAACUUUUCAUGAGCCGAACCUAAUACGUUAAAUUAGGUACAUGAAAAGUUCGGCGUCUUAAUCAAUUGGGCCCGGUUCAGACACCGCCCCAGUCAUGUCCCGAACCUAACUGAUAAAAUAAGUACGGCAAAAGAGCGGCGUUUGAAUCAAUUUGGUAUGGCCGUUUUAAUUAGGUCCGGUAGAAACGUCAAGUUCGACAGAGUCUGUCGCAUUAUUCGACAUUGGAGCGGCAUGUGAUUCAUAUGGCGCUCCUCUCAAGUGCCGAACCUAAUGCAUACAUGCAUACAUUGAAUUUAUAAUUUUUCCCACAAUACCGCUCGUUUUUACGUAGUUGCCAUGCCCAGAACACUAAAUUGAGAAAAAAGGCAGGUGAAAAAGAACAAUCUUGCUCCUCUUGCUUUAAGAGUGCAAAAUAUACUUGUUUACGGUGCCAGGGAUACUUCUGUAUCCUUUGUUCUGUCUUCGAGAAUGAUGAAAGGUCAAACUGUCAAGCGGCUGGAAAGCAGGCAGUUCAGUCGCAUAUUGUGAGCCAUGUUUCCGAGAAGUUAUGGAGGAGCAAGAAAAGAUCGAAUGUAAUGAUUCUAAUGAAUUUGGCAAAAAAAGAGAUCUACAGAAGCAAGAAGAAUGGUGUUCUACAAAGUGGAAAUCAAUGGCAAAUAUGGUAUCGAACCCAGGCCAUAUUUCAUACAUGAAACAAGAAUCGCCGAAUGGCGAUUUUUAACUGGGCUGCCAAGGGGCUAUUUUUUCUGAGGGGAGGGGGCGGCUAUACACACUCAGGCUACCAUAAAACCUUGUCGGCAACCAUUGCAUGCGACAGAACCUCAUGUGAGACUGAAACAUAAACUCAUUCAAAACAUUGUACCCUUUUGAAAGACUUUCGUAACCGAAAAAAAAGAGUACCAUUUUUAAGUGGGGGCUGUACAGUAACUUUUAAAUUCCACCACUAUGAAUAAAAUAGACAAGUUAGCCAUUAAUUCUAAGCAGGAAACAAUUUGCAUUAUUUUCACGUACCCCUCCCCUAAUCCCUCUGUGCCCCAAAAUAUAGCGUGACAGUAUAACGUGACGUAACUGGAAAUUCCAAAAAUUGUUGUCGUUCUACGAGUAUAAUGAGCUGAUUUACACUAGACAGAAAUAUUGUAUUAUAUGAAAACCAGAAGUAUACUAAAACAGACAGUUAACUGCCCAUUGAUUCCGCCUGAUCCAGGGGCCUCACUGACUGCACGGAGACUUUACUGCGCUUUUCACAAACAUGCGAACUCUAAAGUUCAAAAGCCACCUUCACAAUUGUGUUUAUCGCUGCCGUCAAUCAUAAUUACGAUCAAAAGCAACGAACUUUGAAACAGAGAAACACACAAAACGGAUUCAAAUCCAGAAAUCACAAACCAUGACCUUUUGAACCCGUGAAGUAGAGUUUUGUUUCCUAAGAGGUCAGUUAAGAUGAUUGACAGCAGCGAAAAACGCAAUCGUCGGUUGGCUUCUGAACUUCGGAAUUCGCAUGUUUGUGAAAAGUGCGAUCCUAAUUUGCGGUCCACAGUCUACAAGAAAACGCACUAUUUUUUCCACAAGAAGAAAAAUAUUCAGUUUUAAGAUUUUCCUCAUGGCAUUUUUCUCUAACUUAAAGGAAUAAAAUCCUUUGCAUUUUGAGACCUAAAAAAGUUUAAAGACUUCUUGCUCGCAUGUUGCGUUCACCAGCACGCACUUCAAACAAUGUAAAUAGAUGAAACGAUCGAUAACAUAUUUUUUACCUGAUACCGAUGCGAGUUAAAAAUUCGCUCCAGUUCUUUUUGUCUCACCCAAGACGAACUUUUCUUCAUGGAAGAUAACUAUGCCGCUUUAUAACUCGUCCGAAGUUUUUGGGUCAGCUAAACAAUAUGGAAACACUAUUCACAGUGACUCCUUGGAUAUUAAAAAGACUGAACGUGACGCACUAUUAUGCCUUUGUUUACUUCUGAUCACAUCUUCAAGCGAAGUCUCUCUUUUCAAGCGAUUCAUCUCAAUGCACAAUAAUUGACCCUUAUAUUAGUUAAAACCCUAUGGUUCAUUUAUAUUAAUGCUGUUUUUGCCCCUCACAUUGACUGUGUUCGUUCGUAUUCAAAACACCUUUACGAAAAUAAAGGUCGUAUAAGUCAUGUGUGUUAUGUUUCGAGAUAAAUGGAUUACACGCUUUUUUAAGUUUCCAUUUUUCGGUGACUUCAGUUAACAUCUUCAUAAAAUGGUAAAAGAAAUAUCAAGAAACAUCACGAGACCUAAAAAACUUUCAAAGGCAUGUUUCUGAAACUCGCUAAUGCUGACAUCAAUAUAGAGUGCUCGCUGAAUGGGCGAAAACACAGAAUUGUGAUCACAAGAUCAUGUACAAAUUUAUUGAUAAAAGCUUAGCAAGAUAAAAAUACAAACAAAAGCAAACCCCCUGAAACCUCGACGUGGGCUACACUUGUAUGCUCUACUCAGUCACCAAACCUUGUCAGUAAUAGCUCCUAUUUUCCUCAAGUCGCUCUCUGUGAAGCUCCCGGAUGGGAUGUUCUGGUGAAGCUUUAAGGUGGCUCGAUAUAGUUUUUCACGGUCAAUACCUACCAAGUUUGAGCAUAAACUACGUCGCCAUAAACAAUGUUUUGGAAAAAUUGCCACCACAGUUGUAUUACGUGAAGAUGAAAAUUUCUUACGAUCAGGGUUACAACGGCAUCGGAGUUGCCAUAGCAACGAAAUGACGCUAUUACCUAUUUUAAUUGCAGCAGUAUAUCUCGGCACUGAGAACUGUUCUUCGAAAAUCAUUCACGGUAGCUUAUUCCUCCAAUAGCAGCCUCGAUGUUCGUGAAGUUUAAGCGAAAUCUGUAAGAGCGUUAUAGAAAUACUUUGGGAUAAAGAUUUUGUGCUUAGAAAUACGGUAAAAAAUGGACAAUCUUGGUGUUCGGCUGUUAUCUGUAGAAAACCAAGCGCUUUUGACAUGCAAUUUCACCUCAUAGUAGGUUCAAUCUUUUUAAAAACGUGUGUAAAAGAUCAAGGAGAUAGCUCUAGCCGAUUGCUAGAAAGAAGGAUUUGAUUAAUAUGUAUCGAGGCGCUCUUGUUAGCGGUUUUGUAAACAUUUUGGUCUACGUUAACAAAUUAGCGAAUAAUUUUUAAACCGCUCGAUAGAUUUUUUUAAAAAUUUAAGAUUCUUGAGAUUAACCUUCCUUUUAUAUGACCUUUUAGUUUCAAGAUUAUUGAUAUAUUGUAAGGCAGUAAAAUAAGGGCUACAGUUUGCUAAUAUUUUGGCAGAAAGUUUGUGUUUACAAGUGCGAGCCUCUCAUUAUUCAGGGUAUUGUGUCCAAGUUUCAUAUUCGUGCACAACAAUAGCUAGCAUUUUAGCAUAUUUCAAAUGCAUUGUUAGUUACUGCUGUUCACGUGAAAAUGAAACUUGGAGACAAUGCCUUGAAUAAUUAGAGGCUUUCAUUUGUAAUGACGAAACUUCCGAUAAAAAAGUAACGAAUUGUAGCCCUUAUUUUACUGUCUUACAAUGUAUCAAUAAUCUUGAAACUAAAAGGUCAUAUAAAAGGAAGGUUAAUCUCAAGAAUCUUAAAUUUUUAAAAAAAUCUAUCGAGCGGUUUAAAAAUUAUUCGCUAAUUUGUUAAAGUAGACCAAAAUGUUUACAAAACCGAGUCCUUCGAUACAUACUAAUCAAACCCUUCUUUCUAGCAAUCGGCUGGAGCUAUCUCCCAUGAUCUUUCACACACGCUUUUAAAAAGAUUGAAACUACUAUGAGGUGAAAUUUCAUGUCGAAAGCGCUUCAUUUUCUACAGAUAACGGCCAAACAACAAUAUUGUCCAUUUUUUACUGUGUUUCUAACAAUAAAAACUUUAUCCCAAAAUAUCUCGAUAACGCUCUUACAGAUUUCGCUUAAACUUCACGAACAUCGAGGCUGCUAUUGGAGGAAUAAGCUCUCGUGAAUGAUUUUCGAAGAACAGUUCCCAGUGCCGAGAUAUACUGCUGCAAGUAAAAUAGGUAAUAGCGUCAUUUCGUUGCUAUGGCAACUCCGAUGCCGUUGCAACCCUGAUCAUAACAAAUUUUCAUCUUUAUCUAAUACAACUGUGGUGGCAAUUUUUCCAAAACUUCGAUUUUGGCGACGUAGUUUAUGCUCAAACUUGGGAGGUAUUGACCCUGAAAAACUGUAUCGAGCCACCUUAAACUUGUGCAUUGUGCGCGAAAUUCUCAGAGUCCCUAUUUUUGUCCGUGUCUUCUUUAUCCUCAGUAUCCGAAAUUUAGACCUCCAAAGUGGCGUGUGUUGCAUUAAAUAGAAGGAAAUAUUUAAAGGAAAAGCCAGUCUUCUAACAUGGCAAAGUUGUCAGGUCCCUCGCUCAUAGACGUGCGUAGUGCCAUUCAUCGCGCGAUCGGCAACUGAGUUGUUCGCUUCACUGACUACGAAGGCUUAGAAUCAAGUCUUCAGCCAUAGUGUCGUCAACUGGUGAAAUACCUUGCUCAUAAAUUGUGCUUCUUAAUUGCUCAUGUACUACAUCGAUCGAUAAUUCUCUCUUUCAGUUCACGAAGCGGCCACGGCGUUCCAAACCUGACGCUCACAGUCAUCUUUUAGUGUGAACCUACCGUGAACAGCGUGUCGGUUUGAAUGCAACGCGAGCAUUUCUCUGAGUUUCCCAGCGCCAACAUUAUCUAACUGACUUAAACUCGAACAAUAAAAAAAUUAUAGAGUGACUCUCAUGAUCGAAUCGCUUCGAACAACGCAAAUAGCCUUAUUCAGGUUCGCAACGCUUUGUGGGUUUUUCAGGGGGAGCGCAAACGAGGUACAAAAAGUAUCCGUGCAAGGGUUCGUGCAAGAGAAACUCAUAUGAAACCAUUUGUGAGAACAUCGUUUCUCGGUACCAGACCCUCGUGUCUUCCCUCCCCCGGGAGACCACUUUUCGACACCGACGACCGAAAGCCCAUUUUAUGACUGGGCGCACAGGCAGCCCAGUAAUAAAGGUUAGGAUCGACACACGGUACACCGUCUGAAUCAGUUGCCGCGCCGACGUCGCUCUAAAGUCGGACCUAAUUCAAUUAGGUUCUGCACAUAAUUAGUGGAGCGGCUUCUGAACCGGGCCUUAGGAACGAACGCCUAUUUCAAUUUGGAACUGCUCAACCUAAUGCGUCAAAAGGAGGCAUGGUAGGCCGUUUUUUUAGAUAGUCUUUGAGGUGUCUAGUUGUGCGGUGAAAACACUAGGUCGAGUGUUUGAUAUAGCUUGUCAAAUGUUUCUUGAAGAAAUGUAGGACGUAGUCAGUAGAACGGGCAGGUUAUGAAAUCCGGCAAACUUCGAAGAUAAAAACAACGCUACUUCGGUUUAAGCUUGGAGCUUCCUGAUGGUUUACAAUCUUUUCUUUUUUUGUUGUUCACAAAAUAACUGUAACUGAAUAUAUUAAUUAAUGCCAGGUUUUGGUGAGAAAAACCAACAGAAGUUGAUUGACCACUCCAACAUUACUGUAGAACGGCAUCUCAAUCAUAAUGGCCUUCAUUUAAAUAAAAUUAGGAACAUCUCAUUUUGCUCGUAAUUUUUAAAAAUUUGUUAAGCAUGAGGAUUAGGAUACUGCCGUUUGGGAGCCUGAAAGACAAGUGCUGAAGGAUAAUAAGUGCCAUGCUACGACACGGGGUAAGUCUUAUAAUAUCGAUAACAACUCCUUCGGCCGAGGCUUGGUGAUGGCGUCUCUUACCACCGUUUUCGUUGAUACGCGACUUUCGAAAACAAAACACCCGCGGAAACGUUUCCAAAAUUUCCGUCAAUCAUGCAUGUUAUCGACAGAUCGGAUCGAACUCCACCAAUCACAGCCCGCUAGCAUGACGUAAAGAAGGUCAGACGGUAACACUAGUGGUUGUGAUUGGUGGAUUUCGAUCCGAUCUGUCGAUAACAUGCAUGAUUGACGGAAAUUUUGGAAACGUUUCCGCGGGUGUUUUGUUUUCGAAAGCCGCGUAUCAAAGAAAACGGUGGUAACAUAAAUAGCUUGUUAGCGCAUAUUGACCAGCUUCGAGAAGUUAUGUCUAACUCUGAAAUUGAUAUACUCUAUCAAUGAAACGAAAUUAUACUUACCCGGUUUUGAAAUAAUAAGGAAAGAAAAAGGUGAACGGGUGCAAUGGAGGUGGUGUUUGUAAGUGUGUGCUGUGUAACCUAAACUAUAAAAUUUCCGAAGACUUAAGAGCCCAUGACUAUAAAUAUCGAGAAUCGCUGGCCAGGCUAAAAAAAAUCGAAAAUUCUGAUAAUUCGUCAGAAAAACCCCUUUGGGGAACUAUCUUCGAAAAAAAUAUUUUUAACUUUCAAGAAUCUGUAGUGUUCGAGAAAAUGAGGAAAAACGAAAAUAGCGGUUUUUUACCUAAUUAAUUAUGCAAAAACUAGAGUAAAAAUGGUCUACUUUAUCGCGUCGGUACCGAGGCAAGAUUAAAAGCUAUAAAACAGAAAUAUUUUUGUUUAAAAGAAUUUUAUCUUUUCUUUCUAUCCAUGGUAUGUUUUAAACCAUAAACACGAUUUUGAAUUUUCUACGGUUUUUUAAAAACUACCAACAAGCGCACUUUUUAAAAUGGGUAAAAAAUGAGCAACUUCAGAGGCAAAAAACUCACCUUGGUAUGUGUGAUACCUACCCAAAAUGUAUACUAGGACAAAGUUCAGCUCUUAUAUUAACAGAAUAUCAAAUAAAAAAUCUGGGUACUCCAGAUUCGUCUUUACAAAUAAACAGUUUCGUGACCACCAGUGGCAAAAGGUCACAAAUUUGCAUAAGUCAAAUUUGUAAAGAAAUGUUGCGGCAGCCGGUUUUGUUUCAAUUCAGGGUCAGUGUGUGAUGUUCGGAAACAUCACGAAGCAAGAAAACGUUUUUUGAUAAAGUUUAUGUUAAAAUAUCAGAGUAAUUAACCGUUCACAAAAAAUAAAUAAAUAAAUAAAAAAACGAACUCGAAGAAGCGUUAUGUAAAAGCGCCGGACCAUUAUGUAAACUAUAUCCUAUGUCUCUGUUUUUUUUUCCUAACUUCCUUGUAUUAGCAUCCAUCUGUAUCAUCUUAAAUUCGCCUCUGGUAUAUCUAAAAUAGGUAGGUACAUUUUCCUUGAAAUUUCAUUUUGAAGCAGGUUUUUUGCGAACGGGAUACACUUCGACUCGUGCGAGGAAGUCAUAAACUAACAGUUAGAGUAACAAUGUCACGCAACGACGUCUCGAGCAGCUCCGCCUUCUUUUAUUGAUUUUUUCUCCUUAUGAAAUUUUAUAGAAACUUUGUUUUGAACAGGCAAUGCGUUGUUCGCAACAUCAUUUGUUUCUCGUUUUAUUUUCUUUUCAGAAAGAAGGGAUACUAAUUUUGCAUGCCUGUCAAUCACGCACUAAAAGUUAGCAUUUUCUUGACAGAGAUGUUGAAAUCUGAUUUUUUUACUACGUAUUACAAACAACGAACCGUCCCUUGGUUUAUUUUUUUUUUACUUUUUCACAAAUAGAGGUAUAAUUAGGCAGCUACCAAAGGCCCUAGGAAACAGCUAAGUCAUCGUAGUUCAUACGGUCCAGCGGUUUCUCUCCUCCGAAACGAAUCCGAAACAUCUUUCCCGCAAAAACUGCCCUUUUUAGGUCAUCUCGGAGUUGUACCACCUGCCAAUGGGCGUUUUCCUUCAAAUACAGAAUGAUAGUUGUUCAGUGAUUUCAAAAUAUAAUGUAGCAGCGCCUUAGUGUGUUAAUCUAUACGCGCAACUCAUGAAACAAAGCAAGUUCCAACCGACGCCGCCGAAGAACUGGAAAAGGAGACUACAGUCAACCAUCCGAAAGCGACCACCCAAAAUGCGAAGACUUAGUGUUCGCUAACGGGAGGUGGUCUCUUACCAGAAUCGAACCACGGGAGGUUUCUUUGAGAAGAAAACCGGACACAUCUACUUUAAGGAAGAGAAUUUAUUGCAUGCAAUUUCCAAGUUACGAUAUGAGCAGUUCCAUGUUGAUGUUGUUUCUACCACAAGGGAUCGCUUACAAGAGUUUAAAAACAUUGCAAAAUAAUUAAACCGUCAGCCCCAAUUAGUGGUCGCUGGCGCUCGCAGGAGAGAUUCCAGCUGGAAGACUUAAACUGGGUGGGUUUUGGUGUUUUGGAUAGGUGGUCGCUUAAGGGAGGUUGUCGCACAUGGAGGUUCAACUGUACUCCAACAGAGUAAAUCCCUUUCACGACGAUGCGACUAGGAUUUGUCCAUGGGAGAUAAGACUCCUUGUUCACCUCUUUUGAGCUGCUCUAAUCAACUCCCACCCAUGUCGAGUGCUUGCAAAACGUAGCAUCAUCUUGAAAAGAGAAGUAUUAGAAAGGUCAUCCUUGACGCCCCUGGCAUAUCGCAGUAUGCGGCAACGAACUCGUAUCGACGUAAGUACCAUUUACUAACCGGGCAGUAAGGUGACGCAGAGUAAAAGCGUAACUUGACUACAAUUUUCAGUUUACAACAGUCCAGAGUUUUGUUCAAAGAAAUGUCUGCUUUUGCUCAGGAGUAUUAACGUCAGUUCCCGCAAUGUCCCAGCUCGCGCCUUCACACCGGAACGUCCGAUCGAAAUAUUAUUUAGUUGAUAGCUACCCUUCUCUUCCUCUUCCCAACUUAUCUAGGGAGAUCGAAGGGCCUCUGCUCGCAGGGUAGUUGAUAACUUACUUUAACUCUUUUUUGACGGCCAAUUUUAGUGAAAGAAAACCCAGCCUUUUUGGACCGGUUUUCAACCAGUUAGUAGCUUGGAUAACAGGCCUUAUUUUUUUCGCGUUUUUGCGGGCGAGCGAAGGUAAGCGCGAAGUGAGUGAGCAGCGCCAGACAAGUGCGAUGGGGAAGACGCAGAAAAAACAACGGCCUGUCCAAAUACCAUUGUUUUGUUGCAUUCCUCCCCAGACCUACCCCUUAAUGACGCUCCUCACGCUGUUCGCGCUCGCAUUCGCUCCGGCUUCGGGCUUGCCUUCGCUCGCCUGAAAAACGCAUGCCUGUUAUGUAGGCUAGCAGGAGCCGAUUACUGAGGCUAGCCAGUUAGCAUGAUGUGGGAAUGGCUGAAAAAGAGACUUGCAACACAAGACUGCUAAAUUGAACGUACACUAAUUUAGGAGCUUUUUUGGCGUGUUCAUAGAAGCCAAAAUUUGGACAUCUCUUACGAAACUAUAUCGAUCUUUCUCUCCCGCUCUCUUUUUUCCCUUUGCCUUUCUUCUUCUGUUGCUUCGGCUUUUGAUCGUCUUCUCACUGUCUUUGUUUUGCAAGGAAUUUUGGCUGGCUAACUUUUCAGGAAAGGGACAUUUAAUUAAUCUGUAAAGAAUAGAAGGUGAAUAGAAAGAUUUUUCCACCCCAAAUGUUGCUUUUUUGUGUGUGUCUAACUCUGUCAAGAUACAUGAAGAUAGGUGAAAAUUUGGUGAAUGAGGUACCAGUGAAAAAAUCCAUCCUUGCUGAUUUUGAUCAGUUCAUCAUCCUGGUGAAUAAAUGGAAAGGUAAAUGGGUUCAUGAAGGAUAUCGUAAAAUUCCGAAAAUAAGCCCCUCCUUUGUAUAAGCACCUCCAAAUAUAGGUCCCCAAACUUGUAACGCAAAAAACCUUCCGUUAAAUCGCCCCUCCAUAUAUAAGCCCCUCGGGGCUUGUACUUGGAAAUUGCCCUCAAAUGCAAGGUAAAACAAAGCAAAAACGGUAAACUUCCUUCUAACUAUAAGGUUAGCCCAAUCGAUUUUGAAACACAAAAUUCCCUCCAUAGAUAAGCCCCUCUGAAUAUAAGCCCCUCCUAAAAUAAGCCCCUCAAAAAGGGCCUUUGAAAAAUGUAAGCCUCGGGGCUUAUUUUCGGAAUUUUACGAUAUUCUUGGUUCAAAAAAAAAAAAAAACACCAAAACGACCCCAGUGCAGUACUCCCUCUAUCUGAUUUAUUUUUUCUAUUGAGCGUUCAAUGAAUGGCACAAUUACGGGUCGGUCCACUUGGCGAUCUUUGACCAUCUUUGGGUGUUCGAAAUCAUGUCUGGACUUAAUAGUAUUGAACGCACGAACAGUGAAGAGGCAGACAGACGAGGUGGAAAAAUUUCAGAAAAGAGAGAAAAGGGGGCAAUGACUACUUUAAUCUUGUCUUUACUUACGUUAUUUUUAAUAAGCGAGACUUGGCAAUUUCAGCAAAAUAUAACUUUGAAAAACUUCUGAGAAAAUUUACUAUUUCGGAUUUUUAUUGAUUGAAAACUUAGGGUCUGAUGUAUAGUAUUAAUGGCAAAUCCCCUAAAAUGCCUUGAUGAAUGAACUAUCGGUACCAUAUAAAAGCAUGUGCCCACUCCAAGAAAGAUGUAUGGCUACGGAACUCAUUCAGAUGAAUUAAGUAAAGUUAAGUCAUCUAACAUGAAUAAUAUUUCUUUACACACUUCAUAAGCUCACAAUUUUUUAUCGUACCGGUAAAAAUAAAGUGUGACUGUGCUGAGUUUGACAACGGUCUCGCAAUUGCAGAAUACAGACUCCAACACCCGACAACAAUUUGUGAGCAACCUUAAUUUUGUAAUGUGCAAUUAAGAAGAGCUAACAUGCUAAUUACAAAACAUUUAACAUUAGCUAUUCUCUUGGUUAUGCUAUUCUUAAGCCUCAAAUAUUGCGUGAUGCUAACAGUUACGAUAGGAAUAUGCAGAUGCAUUAUGCAAAAUUGCCACAUUGUGUCACCAACCUUCACAGCUAUUUGUUAUCAGGGAUAUCAAUUUUUCUGAUCCUUUACUUAAUUUUAGCUUCAUUUAAAGGCGCUUUCAUCCUUUCUCCUACUUUUCGAAUUUACCAUGAACAGAAACUAGAAAGAGAAGUCAGGCGGCAUCAUUUCUCUACAAAUUUGUCUUAUGCAAAUUUGUGACCUUUUGCCACUAGUGGUCACGAAACUGUUUAUUUUGUAAAGACGAAUCUGGAGUACCCAGAUUUUUUAUUUCACAUUCUAUUAAUAUAAGAGCUGAACUUUGUCCUAGUAUACAUUUUGGGUAGUUAUCACACAUACCAAGGUGAGUUUUUUGCCUCUGAAGUUGCUCAUUUUUUACCCAUUUUAAAAGGUGCGCUUGUUGGUAGUUUUUAAAAAACCGUAAAAAAUUCAAAAUCGUGUUUAUGGUUUAAAACGUACCAUGGAUAGAAAGAAAAGAUAAAAUGCUUUUAAACAAAAAUAUUUUUGUUCUAUAGCUUUGAAUCUUGCCUCGGGACCGACGCGAUAACGUAGGCCAUUUUUACUCUAAUUUUUGCAUAAUUAAUUAGGUAAAAACCGCUAUUUUCGUUUUUCCUCGUUUUCUCGAACACUAUAGAUUCUUGAAAGUUAAAAAUAUUUUUUUCGAAGAUAGUUCCCCAAAGGGGUUUUUCUGACAAAUUAUCAGAAUUUUCGAUUUUUUUAGCCUGGCCAGCGAUUCUCGAUAUUUAUAGUCAUGGGCUCUUAAGCACUGAAACUCUUGAAUGGUUUGUUCUAGAAUUUGUUUUUAGAUUUAUCAUAAUUUCUAUUUUUCUCUUCAAGAGUAUUCAUGAGUUCAAGUUGAGAAUAUAGUAAUCUCCGUAAAUAUUCAUAUAGAACGUUAUAACUGACUAUAGAAGAAGUUGACUGAAUGAAGCGUAAUUUCUUCCAGAAAUUGACGAAUGCACAACUAAUUAUCUCAGAUGUGAUGUGAAUGCUGCUUGCCAGAAUACCGUGGGCUCAUACAAAUGUACUUGCAAAGCUGGAUACUCUGGAAAUGGCCGCAAAUGCGUUGGUGAGUACUGA